AUGGGUGUCCCAGCUCUCUUCCGAUGGCUCACCAAAAAAUACCCCAAGAUCAUUACCCCCGUGAUCGAGGAACAGCCGCAAGAAAUCGAUGGCGUGCAAUAUCCUGUGGACACCACCCAGCCGAAUCCGAACGGAGAAGAAAUGCACAAUCUCUAUCUUGAUUUCAAUGGCAUCGUCCACCCCUGUUCGCAUCCUGAGAACAAGCCUCCUCCAGCAAAUGAGAGCGAGAUGAUGUUGGAAAUCUUCAAGUACACCGACCGCGUUGUGAACAUGGUGCGACCGCGGAGGUUGUUGAUGAUCGCAAUUGACGGUGUUGCUCCACGAGCAAAGAUGAAUCAGCAACGAGCUCGUCGUUUCCGGUCGGCAAGAGACGCGAAGGAGGCGGACGAAAAGAAGGCGGAAUUUCAAACACUCUUACGUCAACAGCAGCGUGAUGGGGAUGAAGACGAAGACCAAGAAACAGUGGACGACGUAAUCAAGAAAACAUGGGAUAGUAAUGUCAUCACACCUGGCACGCCUUUCAUGUUCAUCCUUGCUCAGUCUAUUCGAUAUUGGGUCCAGUGGAAGCUUAACACUGAUCCUGCCUGGGCUCAACUGAAGGUCAUAAUCUCAGAUGCCAGUGUGCCCGGCGAAGGUGAGCACAAGAUUAUGCAGUUCAUUCGUUCCCAGCGAUCAGAUCCCGCCUAUGAUCCAAACACAAGACACGUCAUGUAUGGACUUGAUGCAGACUUGAUCAUGCUUGGAAUCGCCACGCAUGAGCCUCACUUUCGCGUCCUUCGAGAAGAUGUCGAUGUCAGAGAUGCCAAAGCCAAGACUUGCAGACUCUGCGGUCAGCAAGGUCAUUAUGCUGAGAACUGCAGAGGCGAAGCCAAGAUAAAAUCGGGCCAGUUCGACGAAAAAGGCACUACAGAGGAGCUGAAGCCAUUUGUCUGGCUGAAUGUGCCCAUACUACGUGAGUAUCUUGGUGCGGAGAUGUUUGUUCCUGGUCAGACCUUCCGUUUCGAUCUUGAGCGUGCCCUCGACGAUUGGGUGUUUAUGUGUUUCUUCGUUGGCAAUGACUUCUUGCCUCAUCUACCUAGUCUCGAAAUCAGAGAAGACGGGAUCGAUAAGCUCAUAGCCAUCUGGAGAGACAAUAUCCCCGUUAUGGGCGGUUACUUGACCUGCGACGGAAGAGUUGACCUUGCGCGUGCCCAGAUCAUUCUACAGGGCCUAGCGAAGCAAGAGGAUGCAAUCUUCAAACGCAGGAAAGAAGUGGAAGACAAACGAGCCCGGAAUGAGCAGCGGCGCAACCAGGCAAAUGAGGCUCGAGAAGCCCGCUUUGCGAAGAGGCGCCGUAGCUCUCCUGACUACAGCAAGGGUAGCAGGCCGGAUGCCCGGGUCCCUACCGGACCAAUUGAGACCUUUGAGGCUACAAACUUCCCGGUUUUGGACUACAACUCUAUUGUGAACAGGGCCGCUGUGGACAAAACACUAGCAUCGAACAAGAGCGCAGCAGCGGUCCUGAAAGAGCAGAUGCUUGCUAAGAAGGCUGCUGAGACACCCACUAAGAAUGGUGCUAAUGGCAUCAAUGGAACCCCCCAUUCCUCAGGUGGCAGUCCUUCGUCAAUACUGGGCAAGCGAAAGGCUACAGCGCUGGAAGAAGAGUCAGAGAACGAUGGCACGCCUGCAUCAGCAAUAGAGAAGCGGAAGGCGGCCUUGAUGGACGAAGAGUCAGAUAGUGCUGGCACUCCUGGAAGGAAUACACCGGUUGAGAAAAAGACUUACAACAGUGGAGAUCCCAACGACCCUCCACCAGACACAGUCCGCCUGUGGGAGGAGGGAUAUGCUGACCGGUAUUACGAGCAAAAGUUCCAUGUCGACCCCAAGGAUAUCAGCUUCCGCCACAAGGUAGCCGAAGCCUACGUCGAAGGGCUGUGUUGGGUCCUUCUCUACUAUUUCCAAGGAUGCCCAUCUUGGACGUGGUACUAUCCUUAUCACUACGCCCCAUUCGCUGCAGACUUUGUCGAUAUUGACAAAAAGACCGUCAAAUUCGACAAAGGAACGCCAUUCAAACCAUAUGAGCAACUAAUGGGUGUGUUACCGGCAUCUUCAAAUCACGCCAUCCCGAGCGCUUUCCAUCCGCUCAUGACUGACCCCGAGUCCGACAUUGUCGACUUCUACCCCCAGGAGUUUGAUCUCGAUCUCAAUGGCGCGAAGCAGUCCUGGAAAGCUAUUGUAUUGCUGCCGUUCAUCGACGAGAAGCGACUCCUUGCGGCCAUGGCCACGAAGUACCCUUUGUUGACGGCCGACGAGCACGCCAGAAACGAGCGAGGCCAAGACGCUUUGAUAAUCUCAGAUCAGAAUCCUUUGUACGACACCUUGGCGAUCAAGUUUUACUCGAAAAAAGCCAAAGGUGGUCCGAACACCGUGAAGUUGUCAAUGCAAAAAAGUCAGCUGGCCGGUGAAGUAGCCAAAAACGAAGAUUUCCUGCCUCAUAUGGACCUGGUGGGACCGCAAGAAGACAUCAGACUGGAGCCUAUGGUUGACGAUGAUCGCUCUUUGAAUGUCCAUUUCACAAUGCCGCCUCCCACUCAUGUUCACAAAUCCAUGUUGUUCCCGGGAGUUGUCUUACCGCCUCCUGUUCUCGACAAGGGUGACCUGGCCAUGGUUCGAUCGAAGGCUAGGAUAUCGGGAAGGGACUUUGGCGGUGCGCCACUCUAUGACAAUACUCGACGUGACCGACUCGACACACAGAACCAGGGAGGACGCAUCAACUACGCUGUGAACCGACCUCCUUUUGAUGCAGGCCCUCCUGGCAUGCCGCCACCAAAUCAAUGGCCGCCAGGAAUGCCGCCACCUCCCCCACCGAACUACGGUGGCCAAGGAGGAUAUAACCGCAAUCCGCCAGCCGCAAGCGGAUACGGAGGGUAUGCCGCGCAUACUGGUCAAGGCUAUGGUGGUCAGGAUCAAGGUUAUUAUGGAAACCAGGGACAGAACCAUUACAACGGCGGGCAGGCGCAGUACCAUAGUGGCAACGGACAAUAUCAGCAAAAUGGUGGGAGGUCCUUCAGCGAUGGUUAUUAUCAAGGUCAAAGUCGCGGGCCGCCAGCGAGCGACAACCGAAGUGGAAACUAUGGUGGUGGCGGAUACAGUCAGGGUGGUUACGGUCGUCGUUAA